AUGAAACCGCUCUUCACUGCCGUCAUUGCAGGGGUCAACUACCUCCUUCACCCUGAUGUGCUGGGUAUGAUUCAAGAGGACAUCAAUCCGGAUGCCGUUCUCCCCGUCACGCUCAUCAGCACAGAGGAGCUCAACAGUCCCAACCUCGAUGCCUUUCUCAAGGGGCUCGAACUCUAUGACGACGUCUACUCGAGCGAGUUCGCCUUUGCACUGGUAGAGAAGCCCGGUGCCAAUGAAACGACGCGUAGUAGGAGCAAACGGACCGCCGACGUACCCGGCAGGCAGACCUUCACCGUGCAGGUCACUGACACUCGCCCCGAUGAGGCCGCCAAGCCGUCGCCUUUUUCUACCCUACCCACGGGCCCGUACAUCCUACAUGGCAAGGAGCUUCACCAAGCGUACAGGAUCUACGAGGAUGAGCUCGGGGCUUUCUCAGCAGGCCUCGUGCCCGAAAAGCACAACAGCAGUGACCAGUUUGUUGAUUUGGGCGAUCGCCUGCCCAACGGUACCUACCGUUCCGUAGCUGUGCCGUCCCGGCUGUACUUUCCUGGCCCGUCUAUCCGCAAACCGCUCUCCGGCCUGCGCUACGCCGUCCCCGAGGACUUUGACGUGCGUGGCCUGCCCACCACCCUGUCCAGCCACAACUGGACGGCCCUGCACCCCAACGCCGCCGCCCAGCACGCGGCGCACGUGCAGCUACUACUGGAUCACGGCGCGGUCCUCGUCGGAAAGACAAAAGAUGCGCAGUUUGCAGCCGGCACAUCGUGGAUAGACGUGGCGCCACCGCUUAACCCGCGCGGCGAUGGUAAGCAGCCGCCGGGCGGAGCCGCCGCCGGCGCACUGUCUGCACUCAGCAACUAUACCUGGUUGGGCAAUUCAAUCAGUCAAGGCGCACUUGACGGGACGCUGUCCCAAGCCGCCGCUUACGGGUUGUUCGCACUGCGGGCCACCGCCAGAACAGUCUCCCAAAGGGGAGUCCGCACGAGUUCUCCCAAAUUACAGUCCACCGGGCUUUCCGGCCGGAGCCUCGAAGACCUCGUGCACCUGAUUGCGCCUUCACUUAAGCUCAACCGGCAAGCAACCCAGCCAAGGCGCAUCAUCUACCCUACAGAUUUCGCGCAAUGGCUAUCUGCGAAGCAGAGGGCUCUCAUGGACGAGUUCUUGGUCGCCUGGGAGAAGACCCUCGGCGUCAAGGCAGAGAGGAUGAGUCUUGCGGAUGUCUGGGCCAAAAGCCUGCCUAAUGGAGCGGAUAAUCAGACGCUACAUGAUUACCUGGGUAAUGCGGCGUACUAUGCUUUUUGCUAUGACUUUUAUCAUAACUAUGACGACUUCCGGUCCGCCUUUAAGGCCAAGUUUGGCCAGGCGCCCUACACAGAGCCGAACGUGGCAGAACAGUGGUCUGUCGGCGCAAAGACAGACGGCAGGGCGGCGAAGAAGAAGCUCGAGGUAUUCACUACGUGGUUUAGCAGCAACGUUGCAUCCGCCGCGAACGGUGCGCCAGAAAAGGCCGCCGUUAUCGUGCCAGUUCUUGCCCAAAACGACAUGAAGUACAACCCGAGUAAAGGUCUUCAUCCUAACAUCCUCGCUCCCGUCCUCGGCAGGCCGCAGAUGUCGGCUCCCUUUGCCCAGAUCGCGAUGGAGGGCGACGGCAAUUCCUACGUGCCCUUCUCCGCCAGUGUCAUGGGCGCCAAGGGCGACGACAUCAUGCUCGUCCAGAUCAUGAAGCGCGCCUUUGACAUCGCUGAUUGGCGCGUCCGCGUUGACCCGGGACGGUUGACGUUUCCUGUGGGCAACAACUCCCGCGGCGUGGAUGAUCACCACCAGGAUCCGUAUCCCCCGCCUAUCACAGGCGGCAUCUCGUUUGUGGUGGAUGACAGAGAGCUGUAG